UUCUUCUUACCAAAGAAAGAACUUGCACAGUAAAGAGUGGUUUUGAUAAAGGCCUCCCAUCAUUCAAUCAAUGAGGUGGUUUUGCACUUCCUUUGAAACAAAUGAAGAAAGAGAUAAGACUCACUACAGAUCACAAACACUCAAAAGGUUCAGUUUACACCUACACGUACAUUUCUUAAGACAGUAGGAAAGGAAGUAAAGAGAGGGAAAGCCAGUCUAUAAAUUCAAAUAAACAGACCAAGAAAAAGUGUCAUCAAACACCAGCAACAAACCCGCCUCUGCAACAUCAUGAACCCAACAAAACCCGAAAUGGCACCUGGAAAACAAGACGGAUACAAACGUAAGAUCUACUGGUGGUGCUUUCAGGUCGCGACCGUGUGGACUUUGAUAUCUCUCCUCAUAUGGCGCUGUCUAAUCCCAAAACAUCCAGACUUCACAGUCGCGGAUCUCCGUGUUUUUGUUUCGGAUAACGGGAAUUCUACAGCCCGUUACGAAACAAGUGGUCUAUGGAAUGCUUCUGUCCUGUUGGGGGUCGAAAUCUUCAACCCCAACAAGGGCAUGAGCAUACACUACAGCAACAUCCACGUCACUAUCAGACACAGUGGGGCCAUUGUAGCAGAGAGUUUCGCACCAGGCUUCUAUCAGACUUACCACAAGAAUAAUAAUGCUACAAGGGUAUUUCUGGUAAGAGCUGACCUGCAACGGCUUUUGCAUAAGACCAGUCUCGUGAUUGGUUUGGACACAACAGCUCGGUAUGGGAUUCUGAAAUGGAAAACCAAAUACCAUAAGAUGCAUUAUGAAGCAUAUGUACACAAUGUAACGAUUGGUCUCAAUGGAACGGGAGAAUGUUACUCCCUUCAACAACAAAAAAUCACCUUUCUGAAGUAUUGAGUGUAUGCAGGGUAAAUCUUGCAUCAUAUAUUACAUUAAAGUGGAUUGUAAACUAGGAUGUCCUGCUUCUUUAUAAGUCACACUUCAGUGUUCAGCUCUAUUUUUAAAAUUUAGAAGGCACAUUCUACUCUUUAUUUCCAUUUGGCUCUCUGUUAAGGAACCUU